AUGUCGAAUAAUGCAACACCCGUCAUUUCACAUAGGCAGCCUCGAGUUCUCGCCUGCGUCCUGUGCCAACAUCGCAAGAUCAAAUGUGAUCGCAAUACCCCGUGUUCAAAUUGUAUAAAGGCCAAUGCCACUUGUACUCCCAGCACACCAGCUCCGGCGCGCAAGCGACGCCGGCCAAACCAAGAUCUCCAAGAGCGCCUAGCCCGGUGUGAAGAGCUUCUAAAGCAAUAUGCUGGCGGUUCUGUCCCUUCCCAGGCUGACCUCCAAGCAGCCGCACCCUCCGUAGCCUCUGUGACGACCCCUGCCUCAACCUUCAAAGCGGAAACGUCGGACUAUUCGCCCACCUAUGAUGACUUCCCGGAUCGCCGGCACCCGGGAAAAGUAAUUCAUCAAGAUGGGGGUGUUCGUUUUAUAGACAGCCAACUUUGGUCGACUUUCUAUGACGAGCUACAAGCUAUGCGAGAAAUUGUAGAUGCCGACGAUCCUGAGGGAUCUAGUGUCCUAGGGACUGAGGGCCAUACUCCUGAAAACAACGCCGACGUACUACUGUUGUCUGACAGCUCUUCCGCAAACCCCGAAGACUACCAGCCUGACCCUGUGCAGGCCUUCCGGCUAUGGCAAAUCUUCCUGGACCGCGUCAACCCACUUACAAAGAUCGUGCACGUUCCCACCUUGCAGCCGUAUGUAAUUGAGGCAACCAGUGACUCGUCCGGUGUGCCUCUGAACUAUCAGGCUCUACUCUUAUCCGUUUACCUGUUGGCCAGCAUAGCCUUGCAGGACUCCGAAUGCAUGCAACUAAUUGGAAUUUCUCGAGACCAAGCUGUCCAGAGAUUUACAGCUGGCACUAAACAGGCGUUGAUUAAGCUGGACUUUCUUCGCAACUCUGAUAUGGCCUCGAUUCAAGCCUUGGUCCUGUUUCUUUAUUCACUUCAAGGUCGCUAUGAUAGGCACGCUGCCUGGGUCUUGAGUGGCACAAUCGUGCGUGUUGCUCAGAAAAUGGGCUAUCACCGCGACGGCGAGUUGCUUGGUCUUACACCGUUUGAGACCGAGAUGCGAAGAAGAAUAUGGUGGCAAAUCCUAAUGCAGGACACAAAACUUGCGAUUGUGUCGGGUGUGAUUCAUAAUUCUAUUCAGGAUAGUUACGACACGAAACCUCCCCGGAAUCUGAACGAUGCCGAUCUAUUCCCCGGUUCUACGGAACCUGUACAACCUCGCGAGGGCCCGACGGAGAUGGCAUUUAUUCUCAUCACCAGCCGCCUCACCAAAUUUAUGCUUUCAGAGAGCUCGAGAAUGGGAUUCGAAAGUGCUAUCAUGGGACACGAUCCAAAUAAUGCAGAUGAGCCCCAAGAUCCCAGUAUCAAGGCGAAAUAUAAGGCUAUUAUUCAAGAGCUCGAUAGGGAUUUGCUGGAUAUUGAGCAACGAUAUUGCGACCCCUCUGCUGGAAACGUUCACAGCGCUGCUUUGACUAUUAGGGCCAUGCUCAUUCGAAAGUUAGAUGAGAUGCUUGUUCCUAUGCAAGAGCAGCCGGAAUGGGGAACCGAGAUUUUCGAGCCCAAAGACAACUUGGUCAAGCUUGUACUCAUGAACAACGAACAGAGCGCCGACGCUUACGAUCGGAUGGCACCCUUGGGAUUCCUCUGGUUCGUUAAGCUACAUUUCCAGCUCGAGGUCUUCGGCGUCUUGACUGGCCAACUUGCCAGACGGCCAACAGGGUCAUUGUCGGAUCGAGGCUGGAGAAUCGUGGAGAAGGUCCACCGCUGGCAGCCUGAACUGUUUGAUGUGUCGGUCAAGGCCUAUGCUUCUCAGGCGCAGUUCACUCUCAAAGCCUGGAAGGCCCGCGAAGCAGCGUAUAAUGCCCUCGGACAAGCCAUCGAAAUACCGUCCUUUAUUUCACGUCUCCGGGAACUCGUUCCGACAUCAGAUUCCAGAGGGUCAACGCAAUCCUGCAUGACAUCUCCCCAAAUGCCCCCACCACAACAGACUAUCAACGAUCUUGAUCAGUUCCUUGGCGGUUACUUGGAUGUCUCUUCGUUGAGCUGGGAUAUGUGGGGUGACAUGACGAACACUAACACCAAUAAUAACAAUCACCAAGCACAAGGUGCAUUUUUCAACGGCUUUCCUUUGGGCCCGGAGAUGGGCGGCAAAAGUGCCAACCCCAUGCAGUAG